AUGAAGAGAAGGAAGGAAGGGAGUGACAAUGAUUGUGCGCCAUGGCUCUCAUCCUCUGUGGGAAAGCUGCACGGCGUGCGGCGGUAUUUUUUUGAGGCACCUCACCAUCACGCACGAGGACAUGGCACGGAGUGGAAGACUUCUUUUUGGUUUUGUGUCUGCUGCUGUGGGUGUGGGUGCAUCCACGCCGGAAUUGUCGGCACGAUGACCGUAGCGUGUGGCUGUCACUUUGUUCUCUUGGAGAAUAUGCUGCCACGCCUUUACGUGUGUGUUGUUUCGGGGACAAUGUGCCGGCGGCUGUGCGAUUGCCGGAUGGAGGGAGAGGAGUGGAGGGAAUUGCGUGAGCGCCGCGGUCAGGAGUCGCGCUGGGUGUCUCGCCGCGGAGGGCACUGUCCACCCAGCCCAGCACCGCUUCUGCCGGGCAUCCUCUAUCACUCCGCAGCAUCUUAUUCGACGCCACCAGCACGCAGCGAGGCAGCGGAUGCCGCCACUGCCACGAGUGCGACCGGAAGGGACACUUCAGCUGUUGUGUUCCGAGGGGGCAAUCCGUGUGGCACAGCGGCGUGCCCACAACCUCAUCGCGGACUCCGCGCACAAGACACCGGGCACUGGCCGCGGAGUGUUUGCGUCGUGGAGGACACUGCGGCUGCUUCCCUCUUCCUUCAGGUGGACGGACGCCUGUUUUUACUCUUUUUCCCACCCGGGCGGAUUGCUGCGCGGUGA